AAAACGAAUUGCGAGCCGCACUUCCCCGCUAGUCUCUCUCGCAAGAGGCUGGUGCGUGGUGACCUACAGCCCGUUGCGCGUCGUGCGGCGAAACGCUGAGGACGCUGAGGACGAGCAUUUUGUACUACAAUUUUGCUACCUGUCAAAAUGAGCGCCCAGGAAGCGGCAAACGGCUUCGUCAGCGGCGAGCUCUUGCUGAGGAGCGACGAGAACGACGACCGGUGCCUGCCCCCCGCGCUCGAGAAGAGGCUCCGGGACUCGCUGCGCGGGCGCGUCGCGCGGAAGCGCUGCGGCCGGAGCUUGCGACGGGCCGCGAUUUUAAGGGAGGCCGCGGCGGAGCGGCGCGGCGCGACGGUCGCGUCGAUCGCCGCCGCGAAGACCCGGGGCGAGGGCCUCGUCGAGGAGGGCCGCGCGGCGGCGCGGCGCGCGGCGCGCGCGCAGACGCGCCGGGAGCAGCGGGACGAGGAGGACGCGGACGCGCGCCUCGCGACGCUCGCGAUCCGCUACGGCAGCGUCGUGGCCGCCGAGCGCCGCGCGGCGCAGUGCCGCGAGCGCGUCGCCGAGGCCGAGCGGCUCAAGGCGAUCGACGUGCUGGAGCUGCGGAACCGGCUGGCGGCCUUCGCGCUGCACUGCGACCACGAGACGCGCGGCGCGGCGCGGUUACGGAGGCUGACGCCGCGCGACGCGCAGUAUGCGCGGUGCCGCCGGGCCGCGGCCGAGAACGCGCGGCGCGGCUUCUUCGCGGGCGGCGGGCCCUUCGCGGGGCUGGACGUCGUCGACGUCUUCAAGAUCGAGAACCGGUGCCUGCUGGACGCGUUCCAGCGCGAGGUGGAGAGGAGGAAGACGCCGCGGAGCGACGAGAAGAAAAUAGCGGUCAAGGGUUUAUUUUGCGACGUGCCCGCGGCGAGCGUGGAACGGUUGGUGCUCUACGGGCUGCGGGGCGACGCGGCGCCGUUGGAGCGGACGCUCUUCGACGACGCGUGGCUCGCGGACCAGUCGCGGACGCCGGGCGCGCCGACGGCCGCGAGCCCCGGCGGCUUCGGCGGGACGGUCGAGCGGAAGCCGACCGAGGUCAAGGCGCGGCGCGCGGCGCGCGACGCGGCGUCCCUCGAGUUUCCGCGCGCCUUCUCGCGGUACUCGACGCUCGAGAGCGUGCGAGGCGACGCGCGGAAAGGCGGCGAACGGGCGGGGCGGCUGCGCGUGCUCGCGUUGUGCCGGGUGCUCGUCGGCGCCGUGCGCGUCGAGGAGGACGCGUCCACCGACGGCCCGGAGCCCGACGCCUUAUAUAGCUCCGUGCGCGAGGAGUACCGCCCGCUCAAGCCCGAGAACGUGCUCCCGGAGUUCCUGCUGCUCUACCGCCUGGCGCCGGCGAAGGACAAGACGCACGUCGACGCGCCCGCCCUCAGUGGGGGCGCCGCGCUCGCGCUCGACGGCGUCGCGCGCCAGGCCGCGGGCCUCUUCGCCGAGGACGGGCCGGCGGCGGCCGGGGACGACGCGGCCUUCCCGCGCUGCGAGCACAAGGCGCCGCUCGCGCUCGCGGCGGCGCUGACCGAGGCGCCGAAGCAGCCGUCGCCGCGGCGGCCCCGCGCGAGCGCGCUCGCCGACCCGCCCGGGGGCGAGCCGCCGCGGCCGGCCGCGGCGGACCCGGUGGCGGCCCACUGGGACCUCGUCCAGCGCAACGCGCUCCACGAGAAGCGGCGCAUCGUCGCCGAGAUCGAGAAGGUCCUGUCCUCUGCUGGCGAGGCGGCCGCGUCGCCGCCGCGGCCGCCGUCCCGGCCGGCCGACGCGGCCUGGGCCGACGAGCCGUCGUCGCCGGCGGAGAAGCGGGGGCGAGCGGUGAGUCCUCCCUGGCCCGCGCCGCCGCAGCAGGGUCGGCCGCGGUCGCCGCGGGCGCGGCCGCGAUGA